AUGAGUUUCUUGUGCUCGAUUCCAAACACUGAUCCAGAUUUCAUCAAAACCACAAUCGGUGAACCAUGCUUACACUCCUUUCGUUCACCAUCAGAUCUGAACGUCCCUUCAGUCACAAUUUCAUCACUCAAGGGAUCACAACUAGUUAGAAGAAUAGUCAAGAAUGUUGCCAACGAGGUAGAGACAUAUGUUUAUGCGGUGGUGCCGCCCCAUGGAGUGGCAAUCGAAUUAAAUCCACCAUGGUUCACCAUAGUUCCACAAGGCACCCAAGAUUUGGAAGUAAAACUCAUCGUUACACAACCAAAUGAUUCAUUUAGCCAUGGUGAAAUUAUUUUAACAGGAAGCUCGAAACACAUAGUAAGAAUACCCAUUUCGGUACUACCUAUCUCAAUGUAA